AAUUAUAACAAAAAAAAUUACUUGUUUUACUUUUAUUUCACCUUCAAUUCUUUGCUUCCUCCUUUUCUAUUUAUUUCUCUCUCUCCUUCUCUCUCUUUCUUUCUUCUUCUCUCUCAACAGUACUUGACUUCUGAGAAGAAAGAACAAGAAACUGAGAGAAAGCCAUUAGAUUUAGCUUUUUAACCAGAAUCAAAAGUACGAGGAUGUCUCAUUCUAGAAGACUCUCCUUAGAACCUGCAAUAGACUCAACUUCAAGAAGGUUUCGUGACUCCUUGAGUUUACAGACAAACGAUGACGUCAACAAACCAGACUUCCGAGAACUCGAUCUCGGUUCUCCUGUCUCCACCUUAACGCCACGUGUCUCCUCCUCAUCCUCCUCCUCAGCAGCAGCGACCCCCACAAGCAGCUCCGGCUCCUCAGGCUCUGCUUCCGGGAUGGUGAAAAGCCACUCCGGCGAGAUUCCAAGAUCCGGAAUGCCGCCGACGACCCGGACUCUCAAACCGGGUCAUAGAAGAUCCUCUUCCACCGGAACGCCGUUGAUCUUCUCCGGCUCUAGCUCUUACUCAGCAGCGAGCCAGAGCUCCGGUGCCACGUCAGCAGUGUCUCCGAGUCCGAAAGUAUUACCCGCCGGCAACAUUUGCCCGUCGGGUCGGAUCUUGAGGACCGGAAUGGCGACUCGGAGCUCAACGAGAACCGAGACUCUCUGCACAAGAACCGGAAACUACGGUCACGGAAACGUCGUGAGAAGCGGCGGAGGAGCCGCGGCGGGGAACGGUGGAACUCCGGAGGAGUUGAAGAGGUUAGGGAACGAUAUGUAUAGGAGAGGAAGGUUCUCGGAAGCUCUGUCGUUUUACGACAGAGCGAUCUCGUUGUCACCGGAGAAUGCUUCUUACAGAAGCAACCGUGCGGCUGCGUUAACGGCGUUAAAACGGUUAGGAGAAGCCGUUAAAGAAUGUCUUGAAGCUGUUAGACUCGACCCUUCUUACUCCAGAGCUCACCAGAGAGUUGCUUCACUCUAUCUCAGAUUAGGAGAAGCUGAGAAUGCAAGACGUCAUCUCUGUUUCUCCGGUCAGUGUCCGGACCAAACUGAUCUCCAACGGCUUCAGACGCUGGAGAAGCAUCUACGGAGAUGCUGGGAGGCUAGGAAGAUCGGAGAUUGGAGAACCGUUGUUAAGGAAACCGAUGCAGCCAUUGCAAAUGGUGCUGACUCGUCUCCUCAGCUUGUGGCUUGUAAAGCUGAAGCCUUGUUGCGUCUUAACCAAAUAGAGGAAUCAGAUUCUUGUCUAUCUUGCAUUCCAAGAUUUGAUCAUCAUUAUCAGUCUCAACCACAAGCCAAACUCUUUGGUAUGGUUGCUGAGGCUUAUGUGCUAUGUAUCCAAGCUCAAGUUGAUAUGUCAUUGGGAAGAUUUGAGAAAGGUGUUGUAAAGGCAGAGAGAGCUUCCAUGCUAGAUCAGACCAAUCCGGAGCUCGUUUCGGUUUUAAACAAUGUCAAGAUGGUUGUGAAGGCACGUACUCGUGGCAAUGAGCUGUUUAGUUUGGGAAGAUACUCUGAAGCUAGUGUAGCUUAUGGAGACGGUCUUAAGCAUGAUGGUUCCAACUCGGUUCUGUACUGUAACAGAGCAGCUUGUUGGUAUAAGUUAGGUUUGUGGGAGGAAUCAGUUGAAGACUGUAACCAAGCGCUUAAAAUCCAUCCUAGUUACAUCAAGGCCCUUUUAAGAAGGGCUGCUUCAUAUGGAAAGCUUGGUCGAUGGGAAGAUGCGGUUAGAGACUAUGAGUUUGUGAGAAGGGAACUACCAGGAGACAGUGAAGUUACAGAGUCACUAGAGAGAGCGAGAACUGAGCUAAGUCAAGAAUCUAAAAGCUUAGGAUUCAAUAUUGAAGUUGAAGCAGUUUCAACUUUGGAUAAGUUCAAAAACUCAGUUUCACUUCCUGGUGUCUCUGUGUUUCAUUUCAAAUCAUCAUCAAACAGGCAAUGCGAAGAGAUCUCUCCUUACAUCAACACUUUAUGCCUCCGGUAUCCAUUAGUACAUUUCUUCAUGGUGGAUGUGGAGGAGAGCUUGGCGUUGGCUAAGGCAGAGAGUAUCAGGAAAGUUCCAACGUUUAAGAUGUACAAGAAUGGAGAGAAAGUGAAGGAAAUGAUAUGUCCAAGCCACCAGUUUCUAGAGGACUCUAUAAAGCACUUCCUCUUAUAA